UCGUACGCUGGAGCUGUCGUAGGGCUACCCAUGUCUGGCCUAUUGACCGAAUGGAUCGGAUGGGAAGCCUGUUUUUAUUUUUACGGUUUUCUAGGCCUGGGCUGGUACGCGUUUUGGAUGUGGCUAUCAUUUGAAAAGCCGUCAAAACAUCCCACAAUCAGUAGAGAAGAGUUAUUAUACAUCGAGAAUAGCAUCGGAGUCGUCCACCAUAAGCCUCCCACUUUGGCCACCACUCCAUGGGUGGAGAUAUUUAAGUCGCCGCCGGUUUACGCCAUAAUAAUCGCCAAUUUCUGCCGGAGUUGGACUUUCUAUCUGUUGCUCAUUUCCCAACCCAUGUAUUUCAAAGAGGUCUUCAAAUUUGAUGUCGAAAAAUCGGGACUGUUGGGAGCGUUGCCCCACCUGUGCAUGACGUUUGUGGUGCCGUUUGGGGGCCAUUUGGCCGACCAUUUGCGCCAAACGGGUCGACUGAGCACAACUAAUGUGCGAAAGUGUUUCAAUUGCGGCGGCUUUGGAAUGGAGGCCCUGUUUCUCAUACUCGUGGGCAGCACUACGAGCACUCAUUUGGCGAUCAUUGCACUCACACUCGCCGUCGGCUUCAGUGGGUUCGCCAUUUCCGAUAUAGCGCCCCGAUACGCCAGCAUAUUAAUGGGCAUAUCCAAUGGCUUUGGCACAUUAGCUGGUAUGCUGUGCCCAAUCGUGGUCAAUUUAAUGACCAAGGAAAAAACACCCGCCGAAUGGCAAGACGUGUUCAUUAUAGCGGGAGUAAUACACAUUUGCGGCGUUAUAUUUUACGCCAUUUUUGCCUCCGGAGAACUACAGCCGUGGGCCGAACCGGCGCCGGGUGUCGAUGAAUUGCCAAUGCAAUACCAGCCCCCCUUACAGACCCAGAUCGAGCAAACGUGGCCCCCCGGGGGCGGCCCCGGCGACCCAAAUCAAUUGACUAACGCCGGCACCAAUCCGUUCAGUAACCCACAGUUGGCGGACCCCGGGUACGACCCCUGGGCCCAGAAUGGGUCGGUGGGCACCGGACUGGCCAACAGUUAUCAGCCGUCCUAUGGCUCGACCGGCGAUUCGCAGACACAACAGUCGUCGGCAUUUUACGAGACCAGAGCCCAGUAUAUACAACAGCCGGGAACUGAUCAGUAUAUGCACGGCUCGGCCGCUGAUCGCGCAUAUUGAUCACGUGGUCACUUGGUUUUUGUACUUAAUUUUACCAUGAUUAUUAGUGUAACUAUUACUACUUUGAUUGGGUUUUGACUAUGUUGUAAUAUAUUUAUUGUUAUUUAUUUAUCGAGAUGUAUUGUUUGUUUUGUUGUAUGG